CUUUGGUCAUACGCGUUAGUUAUACAGUGAAACCUGUAUAACUGAACACCUUUCAAUGUGAACACUUUUGCUCGGUCCUUCUUCAUAAUAUAGCACACAUGUUUAAAAAAACUAAAAAUGUGAACAUUUGCAAAUCCAAGUAAUUUUGACUUGUUCCAGUGGUGUUUGUAUGAGACAGUUUUACUGUACUUUAUUUAUUUGUGAAGUACUUAAUGUUUUAAAUGCUAUUUACAGUGAAUAGAUAGAAUGAGUAAAUGUGUCAUAACUUGGAUGAUUUGUUUGAGGUGUCAUAAACAGAAUGUAUUUAUGAUGUAUCAUUUGACAUAUAGGCUUCCUUUGUGAAAAAUGAAUAGAUAUUAUGUGAGUCGUGACAGUCUACACAUAUAGUGAAGUCAUGUAUCAUGUAUAACAGUCUGAAAUGAAAUGGUGGCUUUGAACUAAGUGAUGAGAAGACACAACACAACUGCAUCAUGCUAGAAUCUAUCAUGCUGGAUUUCGUUAUCAUAUUCAUUUUUGCGUUACUACUACUUGGAACAGUCAUCUUCAUGUACCGACGAUCUGGCAAGUUCCGUACAACUAUUCCAGGUAUGGACCCCAUUGACUCAAGAGAAGGGAACCUGCCUGACAUCGCAAAGGCAGGAAGUUUACACGAGUUUCUGAGUCUACUGCAUGAGCGCUAUGGGAAGAUUGCUCAUUUCUGGAUGGGACCAAGAUUUGUUGUCAGUAUUGCUUCAGCAGAGCUCUUCAAACAACAUCUGAAAGUAUUUGAUAGACCUCCUGAGCUGUUCCGACCAUAUGAGCCCUUGUUUGGGUCCAACAGCAUUGCUUAUGCUAAUGGGGCUGAUGGAAGAGCAAGACGGAAGCUCUAUGACGCCAGCUAUGGACAUGGCAUUGUCAUGAAUAACUAUCUUGGUAUAUUUAAUAAGUUGAGUAAUGAAGUCUCUGCCAAGUGGAACACCAUGUUGGAUGAGCAACACAUCCCAUUACGUGACCAAAUGUUUGCCUUUGCCAUCAAGUCGAUCACUAUUACAUCAUUUGGUGACUACUUCCAUGAUGAUGAGCAAGUUUUGGAAUUCAGAAAGGCAUAUGACACGUGUAUGGAUGAAAUGGAGAGAAGGCUUACCGAAGGAGCUCCUGAACCAGAUAGCUUAGAAGAGAAAAACUUUAAGAAAGCUCUUAAUAUCAUGCACAGUACAAUUAAGAAAAUAGUAGAGAUACGUCGUGAUAAUCCACUAAAGUCUGAGGAUGAUCACAUAUUCCUUGAUACCUUACUAGAGGCUGGCAUACCUGAGAGUCAAUUAAUCGAUGAUAGCAUUAGCUUCACGGUAGCUGGCUUCCAUACAUCUGGUCUAUUUUUGACAUGGUUGUUCUACUUCCUUGCGUUACACCAAGAUGUUCAGACCAAGGUUUACGAUGAACUUCUGAAAGUCCUUGGUCCCAAUGGCAAAAUAUCAGCAGAUAAUAUUAACGACCUCCAGUAUGGAAGGCAAGUUCAGGAUGAGACACUACGCUGCUCUGUGUUGGCACCAUGGACUGCACGCUACCAGCAUAUGGAUGUGGAGCUUGGUGGACAUACUAUUCCAGCUGAGACUCCAGUUAUCCUUGCUCUCGGUGUCAGCUUGCAGGAUGAGGAGUAUUGGCCAGAGCCUACUAAGUUUGAUCCUGAUAGAUUCAGUCCUGAAAAUAGUAAACUUCGACCUGACAUGGCCUUCCAACCAUUUGGGUUUGCAGGGAAGAGAAAAUGUCCAGGCUACAGGUUUUCCUAUAUUGAAGUCCAAGUGUUGGUGGCAGAGAUCCUACGCAAGUUCCGUAUCAAGUUAGUAGAAGGCCAAGUUGUCAUGCCUGUAUAUGGAUUUGUGACUAACCCCAAGGAAGAAAUCUGGGUUACGUUGGAAAAACGUGGAAAUGAGGAGUAGAGAUGUGAAACACUUCCCAUGUGAUUCAUAAGCUCACAUCGCUUAAUAUUCAUGGAACACUAUAGUCUUAUCAUGACAGCAUGCUCUAGCAUCUAAUGUACCCAUCAGUGGUAGAAUUUUGGGGGAUUUUAAUUUGUGAUGGUUGUGGAAUCUUUUUUUUCAAAAUGACAGGACAAUGAGGACAUUGUCAGCUUACCUAAGAAAAUAUAGCUUUUCUGUAGACCAUUGUAAAUGGGGCGAUUAAUGGAAAAUGAACAUUUCUGAUAAAAGAUUCUUUUUUCUAGACCAUCACGAAUGGGGUGAAAACAACACAUUUGCAGCAAAUGAACAGAGUCCAACUUUUUGGAUCGAAAAUUAUACCCUUUUCUAGAUCAUAACAGAACAGAUAGAGUUAAAACAUCACAUUUGCCAAAAAUAACCAAGAAAAGGGAUCGUGUAAAAAACGGAUGACCAGGUAGCUUGGUGACCUGAUGACCGGGUACCUAACGUUCCUAGCAGGGUUACCAACUAUCAAAGUUUUUAGGCUUGAUAUAUAAGGGUUAUGUACUGGGAGGUUUAGGAUAUGGGGUUUAUCCAGAGGGAGAUAUGCAUAUCUACCUUAGGGACCGAAGG